UUCAAGUUUCACGUAUUUUUAUUUGCAUUUUGCAAUCAAUUUUAAAAGUUCUCUUGUAAAGCUCUCGUGACUCAAUUCGUAAAAAAACCAUUACAUUUUAAUCGCAGCUUAAUAGCAAGUUUUAAUAUAAUUCAGCAACUAUAAUUAUUUAGACAAUCAUCUUGAGGAAAAAAUCGAUCUUGCUACCCAUUGCUGUCGGCGGAUAUCUUAAAUUUAAACUAAAGAUUUUUUUCAUAAUAGCAAUUGGGAAUUUGAUAUCGAUUAUUAUUAAUUGGUUGUGUACGCAGUGAAAUGAAGUAAUAUAGUCCAGUGUCAGUAGCAAAAUACUAGUGCGGAAUGAAUCUUGACAAUACAUCGAGAGAGAAUUUAGAAGCAUUGGACUCCAUUAGCACAGUCAGCCCCAGAGAAAAGUAUCACGCAAUGAGGGAUAAAAAAAUGUCCGUACCGAGUACAGAAGGAGCCCGCCCUAAAGUUGUAACAGUGAAGCAUCCUGAAUCAAAUAAACCUAAGCCAACAGCCAAGAAAAACAAACCUAUUCAAGCUGAUUUAGACGUAAUUAAAGAGUUUGUGAGAUGUCGUGAUGAAGGCCUUAAAAGGCUAGAUCUCAGUAAAUCAUCUAUUACCUCUUUACCACCCAAUGUUAGAGAUUUGACUCAUCUGGUUGAGUUUUAUUUAUAUGGUAACAAGUUAGUUGCAUUGCCUGCAGAAUUUGGCUGCUUGACUAAUUUACAAACACUAGCAUUAAAUGAAAACUCAUUGACAAGUCUGCCUGAUUCUCUUGCUAACUUACGAUCAUUAAAAGUUCUUGAUUUAAGACACAAUAAAUUAAAUGAUAUUCCAGAGGUAGUCUACAAAUUGACAUCAUUGACAACAUUAUUUUUGAGAUUUAACAGAAUUAAAGUUGUUGGACAUGGUAUAGAAAAUUUGAUUAAUUUAACCAUGUUAAGCUUACGAGAAAACAAAAUAAAGGAAUUGUCGUCAGGAAUUGGCAAUUUGGUCAAUUUAGUUACUUUUGAUGUAUCACAUAAUCAUCUGGAACAUUUACCUAAAGAGAUUGGUAAUUGUAUAAACCUGAGCACAUUAGACCUACAGCAUAAUGAGUUAUUGGAUAUUCCAGAAACAAUUGGUAAAUUACAAUCCUUAACCCGUCUUGGCCUAAGAUAUAAUAGACUUACUUCAAUUCCAUCAACUUUAAGCAAUUGUGUACACAUGGAUGAAUUUAAUGUAGAAGGAAAUUCUAUUUCACAACUGCCAGAUGGACUUUUAUGCAGCUUGACUGAACUUACUAAUAUCACUCUAUCAAGAAACUCGUUUGCCAGUUAUCCCUCUGGGGGCCCAGCUCAGUUUACAAAUGUUUUUUCUAUUAAUUUAGAACACAAUCAAAUUGAUAAAAUACCAUAUGGUAUAUUUUCAAGAGCCAAAAAUUUAACUAAAUUAAAUAUGAAAGAAAAUCUUUUAACUUCGCUUCCACUUGAUAUUGGGACUUGGUCAAAUAUGGUGGAACUAAAUUUGGGCACUAACCACCUCACAAAAUUACCUGAUGAUAUACAAUGCCUUCAAAAUUUAGAAGUAUUAAUUUUAUCAAAUAAUCUUUUAAGGAGAGUCCCACCUAGUAUUGGAAAUUUGAGAAAGCUUAGAGUCCUUGAUUUGGAAGAGAACAAAUUAGAAGUAUUACCAAAUGAAAUUGGAUUCUUACAUGAUUUGCAAAAGUUGAUAGUUCAGUCUAACCAAUUAACAACUUUACCCAGAUCUAUUGGUCACUUGGUAAACCUUACUUUCUUGAGUGUUGGUGAAAAUAAUUUGCAGUAUUUGCCUGAGGAAAUUGGCACUCUAGAGAAUCUUGAAUCACUGUAUUUAAAUGAUAAUCCAAAUUUGUGUAAUUUGCCAUUUGAACUGGCUUUAUGUGUUAGUUUGCAAAUUAUGAGUAUUGAGAAUUGUCCCUUGACAUCAAUUCCACCUGAAGUUGUUUCCUCUGGACCCUCUUUAGUUAUUCAAUACUUGAAGUCACAAGGACCAUACAGAGCCAUGUGAUAUGAGGAAGAUGAAUAUUUGCCCUCUUCAUCUGGCACUGAAAUUUCUUAACUUUGAAUAUAGCUAUAGGUCAAAUCCUAAUCCAAUUGAUAAAAAGUUCUUAUUCCUGCCAGACCACAUGAUAAUAGUAAUUACUUUUAUUCAAUACCUACAAGUUGGUAGGCAUUGGGCAUUUUCAUGUGUGCUUUUAAAGUUCUGUAUAAUGUAGGUAUUACAAAAUUGUAUUGAAUCCCUAGUUAUUUUUAAUCUGUUUUAAUUCAAUUUAAUCCAGUGGCCAAAAUAAAUAGUUUUAUUUAAUUCAUAAUAAUCACAGAUUAUAAUAUUUAUUCUUUAAUGUAACCAAAUGUUUUAACUGUAUUUGUCAAUGUGUAAGAUGUAAAUGUGUUGAAUGUAUUUUUUUUAUUAUGAAACUUAUCAUUAGAGUACAUAUGACAGACAAAAACCAUAAAAUUAAUUUUGCCCUUGUCAUAGCUUGAAAUAAAUAUAAACUUAUUUAUAAAUUCACCAAUAGAAACAGUUAAUUUAAAUAUUCACAGGUACUAAAUUCAUAGUUUAGGGAUAUUAUUAAUACACACAUUAUUUCUCCUCUAGAAAUUAAUGACUGGAUAAAAAUAAUGGAAUGCAUAAACUAUUAUUAUUGUUAUAUAAUAAUAAUACUCAUAAUAUUGUGUAUCAUAUCCUGUAUGAUUUAAAAUUUGACAUAAGGAUCUCAUUACUUAACAGUAUUGGUCAAUGUAUUGCUUUUUUCUAUUAAUAUAUAAUUGGCAUACUUGUAUAAUGUUAAGUAUAUAUUAUAUACAUUUUAAACAAUUAUAAGUGUUUAAACUGUUACUAAAAAUUAUCUAUACUUUAUAUCUUCCAUGUUACUCCUCAAAGUGAAUGUUUGUCAUCAGUGUUGUUUGUAAAAAUGUUGCAUUUACUAUUUUUAUGUUUAUAUAAACUUUGUUGUAGGUAAGUAUGAACUUCUAUGCUCACAAAUAGUCUUUAAUUUUUAUACAAUUUUUCAAUAUAUAAGUACCAAGUUCGUAUGUUAUAUUGUGCGCCAGAACAACCAGCAAAGCUUGAUAGAAAUACGCUCCAAAUUAAUAUGUUGUCGGCCAAUGCGUCAUUAAAAUGUUUGGCACGUAAUUGCAAUUGUUCCAUAGAACGGUUUGAAUUUUUAAAUGUUUAACUAUGACCGUAUAUAAUUGUUGAUAGCGCUCCAAUAAACCGCUAUUUAAUUAAUAUCAAUUAGUCACGCGCAUGCAAUUUAAAAAUUUUGGCUGACAAACUAUUUGGUAUUUCAAUAUUACAGCCUAUUUGUCACUUAUUAAUAAUUAUUUAUAAAAUUCAUUUGCAUCUGUGUAAGAUUUAUGUACUCUUCAAUGUGUUAUAAAUAAAUA